AUGGAAUCAUUGUUUGGUUUUCAUGAAACCCUAGAAUUGGUUAAUAAUGAUGUUCUCGAGUUUGCUCAAAAUGAAAACGAUGCUCAGAGAACUGUUCAUAAGGAUGCAGAGAAGAAAGAUUCCAAGGCUGCAUUUUGUAUUCAAUAUGCAGUAGACACAGUGAAUUUUGAUUGGAUUUCUCAUGCUGAAUCGGAGAAGGAGGCAUGGGAUAUUCUUGUCAAAUAUUAUGAAGGUGGUGAGAAGGUUAAAGUUGUCAAGUUGCAGACACUGCAAAGGAAAUAUGAGUUACUGCAGAUGGGAGAAGAUGAAAAGAUUUCAGGCUAUGUCUUGAAGGAAAAAGCAAGGAAAGUGUACAAGUUUCACAAAGCCCUUUAUGGUUUCAAACAGACACCUAGGGCAUGGAACAAGAAGAUCGACCGAUACUUAGUAGAAUUGGGAUUCCUCAAAUGUAGGUCUAAAUAUGGUGUAUAUGUAUAUGUCAUGUCACAAGAUAUAAUCAUCAUCUUCUUAUAUGUCGAUGACUUGCUAGUCCCAACAUGA